UUCAAAAGCGCAAUCCAUCAUGGCGAAGACCCCCAGCAAGAAGUCGGCCAAGGCCCCCAAGAAAGCCGGCGAGAAGGGCAAGUCCCGCAAGACCAAGCGCAUUGAGUCGUACUCCACCUACAUCUACAAGGUGUUGAAGCAAGUGCACCCUGAAACCGGUAUCUCCAAGCGCGGCAUGUCCAUCAUGAACUCGUUCAUCAACGAUAUCUUCGAGCGCAUUGCGUCGGAAGCCGGCAAAUUGAGCCGCUACAACAAGAAGUCGACCUUGUCGUCCCGCGAAAUCCAAACCGCCGUGCGCCUCAUGCUUCCCGGUGAAUUGGCCAAGCACGCCGUGUCGGAAGGCACGAAGGCCGUGACCAAGUUCACGUCGUCGGCUUAAAUUGCUUGACAUUGGAACGUGUUCCGCUUCAUUGAGGUGACGUCUCCCUGUCGCCUCGUAUACAACCUGGUGUUUUUUAACACCACCCACGGCACUGAGAAAUUUCUCAUCGGCAUCUUAUAUUUCCAAUUUCGCCAUCACAUUCCUUACAAAACAGUAACACGGCGUCAGUGCAGCAUGGUCUCAUUAAACUUCUAAGCGUACAGAGCACCUAGUGAACUUGGCGUUAGACUUUUAUGUACAAGGAGCGCAAUAAUCGAUUCCAUGCGUCGGCUAUACCGUCGCCGCGGAAGAACUUGUUUACGCGACGGCGCUUGAUUACAUAUUACAGGGCCGUAACGAUAGGAGUUUGGUAUCUUUGAAUCACGCCAUCCGAUCCACUCGCGUAAAAGAAGUCUUCUGUUGCAAACGCAUCCGUGAUCCCGGUCACGGCCUACAUGUUGUCCAUCAUCAUUUCCCGGGCGUGUAUGGGACCAACACAAGGAGACGCGUUACCGUGGCCGCGGCAAAC